AGCUUCUGUCUUCAUUUCCUCUGCUCUUAUCUCUCUCUUACAAUUCACAAGCACCAAACAUCAUUAAUCAAAUUUCGCCUCCCAAAAAGGAAGAAAAAAAAAGUUCACAAUUUUGUGUGUGUGUGUGUGUGUGUUUUUUUUUUCUUUUACAAUUUGGGAUCGUUGAAAAAACUAACUCGCGCGACAGAAACCAUUGUUUCUGUUUUCCUUUUGGUUACCGAGAAAAAUAAAGCCCGCCGAAAGCGUCGGUCCCGCGAGCUAGAAAGAGAAAAAAUUUCCUCCGAGAUUUGGUGGGGUACCAAAACCCCCUUCAUCAUCCGUAUCCGAAAUUGGGUUUUGGAGGAAUCGUAUUUUUAGAUAUUUUAGAUAUAGUGAUUGGAAAUAGAAAAUUAUAAACCCAAAAAGAAAAAGAAAAGAAAAGAAAAGAAAAAAAAAAAAAAACCAGAGGUGGUCGAGAUUCUCUUCCAAUUUUUUGGAGAGCUCGCUUCCGAAGCUCCCAUGGCGUUUCUUCUUCGGUCUCGCAGCUGACGUCAUCCCUCUUCAGAAGAGACUACUUUGAAUUCUGUACUGGGAUUCUCAUAUUUUAGCAAUGGAUGACAACAUUAGCACCAAGUUGACCGGAAUAAGACAGAUUAUGAGGAUUAAGGAAAUCCUCCAAAAGUGGCAAUCCGUCACACUAACUCCUACAAAGCCCGAAAAUGAACCCGAUGCUGAAGGAGCUCCAGGGGGGAUUCCUCCACCGAUCAACAAGAGGCUAACGGAGGUGAUUUGCUGCGACUCCGAUGAGGACAGCUGCCAAAGCCCUGGGCCGCCGCCUGAUGUCCCGAAGGGGUAUUUGGCUGUCUAUGUUGGGCCUGAGCUUCGGAGGUUCAUAAUUCCCACCAGCUAUCUUAGCCACUCUUUGUUCAAGGUGUUGUUGGAGAAGGCCGAGGAGGAGUUUGGAUUUGAUCAUGGCGGCGGGCUCACCAUCCCUUGCGAGAUCGAGACCUUCAAGUACCUCCUCAAGUGCAUGGAAAAUCAUCAUCACAAGCCUUGUCCUGAUGAUAGCUCAGCUGGAAGUUCAUUCAUUGAAGAGUAAAUAAUUGUGAGCCUUAUCUUUUUAGCUAUCAUCCCGGCUUUUUUAUUUAUUAUUUUUUUUUUUUGGGGCCUGAUUUUCUGGUGUAACAGGGUUAAUUUCCUCUUUUGCAGAUAUCUUCUUUCUUUUUUUUUUUUUUUUUGGGUUUUCUCCUCUUUAAUAUUAAACAUGGAGGAGAGAUCUCUAGUUAGAAAGUUUGCGGGUGUGUUGGGAAGAAUUUGGUGGCUAGAGUAGAGUGGUGACAUGCAUUUUGACCUCCAUUAUGAUGUUUGGGGUGUAAUCUAACCUAAAUAUGAUGUUUGGUGGAAAUUGUAAUAUGAAAAAUAUAUUGUUCACGCCAUUCUUUUGGUUGUCGUUAAUAUUGAUCCCGAAUCAUUUGAACUUAGAAAUCUUU